AUGUCCUCAACGGCAAAGUCCGAGAAGACCAUGUCUUCGCGUCUGUUGACGAUGAAGUUCAUGCAACGGGCUGCAGCGUCCGCCGCUGCAAAAGAAGCCUAUUCUUCAGCGGCCGAGGACAGCCAGCCUUCCACUCCGAAAAGGCCUCGAUUGUCAGAACAGAACAGCUCGACCACCCCACGCACAAGUGAGUUGGAGGCCAUCUCCGCCGCGCUAGCAGCGGAAGAAGAGAAGCGCCGAGAAGCCAUUGCGCGCCAGGCGGCAGAGGCGGGUGAAACCGAAUGGGUGCUGGACAUCCCACCCGCUACAAACCACAAUGCGCCGCAGCCUCUGGUUGUGGCGGCGGACUCGUUAGAUGCGGACGGGGAUGUCGGAGCUGGGGGCCGAAGAGCGUACGGCAAUUUUAAGCGCAAACCGCGGACGGUCAGUGAAGGGGCAGAGGGACAGAAAAUCCAGAACCCGACGGAUCCUGCCCGAGUCCAGGAAUUUAUCGAUAACGAAUCUGCCAAGGCGAGGAAGAAGGACAAGGCGAAGCUGUUAUCCCAAGGGGUCGACCUGAAAAACCUGACGAGUAUCUCCGGUGGCAGCUCACGACAAGGUGCUCCCGAAACUUCGCAGAAGAAGAAGAAGAAGCGCAAGAGCCGGUAG